UUUGCCGCCCAUAGCCCAAGUGGCACACCGUGCGCACUUUAACUAUCCUUCACCCACCCUCCUUGUUCCUACUCCACCGCCUUGCAGACUCUCCUCAUAGGCUCACUGCUCCUACCCUCCCGGGUUGUUCUUGUUCUUGUUCUUCUUCGCCUUUCAUUAUUCCCACCUCGCUUUCUUCUUUCAGAAAUAUAAAUGAGAAUGAAGAUGAUCAGAGAGGAGAAGAAAAGCAGAAAACACAAAGGGAAGUAGCAAAGGGAGGCUGACCAUGGGUUACUAUAACAAGCAGUGGGACGCGCUGUAAAUAACAAACAGUAUACUAUGUCAAGGCCGGCUCACGCUCACCUUCCCCCUCGUUGCCCAUUGCAGACCAGAGCUUCUCGCCAACUCCAGGAUUCUCCCGUCUCUCCAACUUUGCCCAGAAAGGAAGGAUUGCGCCCUUUUCAUCAUCGGUCUACUUCUCUGAGUUCUAUCGUGGAGGAGCAGCCAUCUUGGUUUGAUGAACUUCUAAGUGAUUCCGACACCCAUUACAGAGGGACCUCUCUUCGCCGAUCAGCUAGCGAUUCACUGGCUCUUGUAGAGGGUUCGGCCUCGUUUCCCAGUAUUUCUUCUCUUAUUGAUGAACAGAAUGCCGUUUCGGACGAAACUGGAAAUGGGUUGGUAGGAGAUUGUGUAUAUGGACCAAACUCUCCUCGAGGAAGGUCGAAUUUAACCCAUUCAAGGGACCCCAUAGUUUCGGCGUUAUCUGAGUAUGUUUCUGAAAUGCCUUUGCAGUAUUUAUCCGGGAAUAUCUGCAAUUCUGAAACUAUCCAAUCUGUUUCGAAAGGGAAUGCUUGUGUUUCUAAGGGUGAGCUUGAUCCAGAGGCAAAGGUUGCACAACGGCACCCUGCACAGCGUUCAAGGGUUCGUAAGCUUCAGUAUAUUGCUGAACUAGAGAAAACUGUCAAUGUUUUUCAGACUCUGGAAUUAGAGUUGGAAGCCAGAGUUGCUUCGCUCCUUCAGAAGCGUGUUUUUUUGUCCGUGGAAAACAACACACUAAAGCAGCAAAUAGUCUACCUUCAGAAGGAAAAAUUAGUCCAGGAUGUUCAAUAUCAGACACUGAAGAAGGAAGUUGAGAGGUUGACAAUGGAUUACAUAAACCAUCUGAAGAGUACUAGUACACAUUCUUGCACAGGAUCCAACAUCAGUGCAGUUUCUUCGGAGGCUAGCUGGAAGAUUUUAGAAAUGGGAAGGCUUAGUCUUGGUGGAAACCCAGUUACGCUGAAGCAUAUGGUUUCAGAAGCUAAUGAGGCUUGAGGGUAUGGGCUCUGGUUUCACAUGCAUUUUCCUAUAUAGUGGAAUCAAGCGAAAGCUAUACCAACCACCAAGUGCCAGAUCCCUAGGUAGGUAGCCUAUCAAUCAUGCAAGUUCUUGCUUGUAAAUGUUAAACCUACUAUACGUCUUGUAGAAACCGUCUGGCUGUGGAUGACGAUGUAAUAUCGUUACCUAUAUAAUUAUAUUCAUAUUUACAGAUA